GACUGAGGAGAAUUCAUCUCAGGUGUUCCUGAUGUGUUUUUCCUUUUCCUCCGUGGUUUUUAUUCUGCACCUUCAUGAAGCCGUGGUCGUGGCGAUGAGCAGUAACGAGUGCUUCGGUUGCGGCCACUCAGGCCACUGGGUGAAGAACUGUCCGAGUGGCGGCCGAGGGCGAGGGAAAGGUCGCGGCAGAGGCAAAGACCUGUUCUGUUACCGAUGUGGCGAACUCGGGCACGUGGCCAGAGACUGCGAGCGCACAGAGGAUGCCUGCUACAACUGCGGCAGAGAAGAUCACAUCUCCAGAGACUGCAAGGAGCCCAAGAAGGAGCGCGAGCAGCUGUGCUACAACUGCGGCAAGGCCGGUCACAUGGCGCGCAAUUGUAACCACGCCCACGAGCAAAAGUGCUACUCCUGCGGCAGCUUCGGACACAUUCAGAAGUGCUGUGAGAAGGUCAAGUGCUACAGGUGCGGGGAGAUCGGCCAUGUUGCGGUGCACUGCAGCAAGGCAUCCGAGUUGAACUGUUAUAACUAUGGGAAGUCAGGUCACCUGGCGAAAGAGUGCACCAUCGAAGCCACUGCCUAGCUGGCCUCUGACCCCUGACCCCACGCUCCCAAACCUCUUCUUUAAUCUCUCUUCAUGCACUCUGAUCUUCCUCUUGUCAUUGGUCCAGAGGCCUGUUGGUCAGCCUCGUAACAGCAAGUCAGAGCAGACGGAGGGGGGAGGAGAGGGCGGACUAUAAAAAACCCUUUUUUCUUCUGUGUUUUAGUUUGGUAGCUGUGUUACGAUGUACAGAGCUUUUUUAGACCUGAGAAGAGUGAUGUAUGAAGGCCAAAUUAGGCCCCUCCCCUCUGCCCUUUGGCUGGGCCUAACAGAGCGAUGGAAGUUUGUGUCUUGCCAACUUCAUUUUUGUCUUUGGACUAAAUAAAAUGAUUGGCCCCGCCUCCAGCAAUCAUCCAAUAGUAUCGCAGGAUUAACACCUCACGACCAUCUCCCGAUCAUCAAUCAUAUGGUCGCAAGAAAAUCAAACCUGUCGGCUGUCGUGAGGGUGUCACUGCAGCCUCUCACACUGCGCACGCGCAAACACAGAAAUGAAAGUGAAAAGACGGAGCAGUGCGGCAGUGCAGCGUGUGAUCUGGACAAGCGAUGGAGGCACAACUUGUUGAACUUUGGCUCAUCCGAGCCUUUUCGAUGUGGGGGCCGCUCGUCCUGCAGGGGGCAGUAGUGCAGACAUAAACCCGGAUGCAGUGGUGGUGGAGCCGGUGACGUGUUUCCUGUUAGUGUGCGUGCU